AUGAAUCAAUCAAUCGUUCGAUUCAUUCGAAGGAUCCCAAGGCUUGACAGCUGCCUCCGAAAAGGAAGCAAAGAAGAACAACAAAGAUCAAAGCGGAUUGAUGGUCGAAGCAUGACCAUGGAAGACGAUUCAUCAGAACACAGUGACCCCGAUUGCGGUGACACCAUCAAAAGCAAAUCAUCAAUGUGGUCUGAAGUCAGCGAUAAUGACGAGAUAGAAGACGACGAAAGUCAGGUCACUGAAUACCAUGAAGCCGAUGAUUUUGUGGAUGUAACUACCGAUGUUCUUGACGAAGGAGCAUUAUACCGGCUCAAGCAUUAUGGUAGUGCUGAGAAAGAUGAAGCUGGAAGGAUACGAAGAUUUUCGAAGCGCAUAUCAGAUCAAGUAGUGAGACGAUCCUCCUCCAUAGUAGAGGAAGCUCAGGAAGCGCUUCCAACGACACCAUCAGGUUGGGCAAUAUUCUCAUCCGUUGUGGCAACUUGCACUCUUGGAUACGAAAUGAAUGUGCAACGUAAGCUCACCAAACCACCAGUUACAAUGGGUCAGAUCGCUCCUGGAUCUGCAGUGGGUGACAUUUACUCCAAAAUGUCCAAGACUGCUUCCAGUAUUUUGACUAGACCCAUUCAACCCAGUUUGUUUGUCGGAACGAGAGGGAAAGUCUCAAGUACUGCAGCGUAUUUGCAUGGAGGACCUUCUUUGACAGACAAACAUCUCCGAUUCCGCGAAAUUGUUAAAUUGACGCAAGGCGGUGCCAAACUUGCAUUGGAUUGGGAGAUUCCAGUAGACGCUGGACAACGACGGUCCACAAAAUCAAACGACGAGCUUAGAAAUGAAAUCCUGAAAGGCCCUAUAUUGGAUCCGGUGGUGAUUGUGAUUCAUGGUAUCAACAAUGAUGCUUCUUUCGGUUACAUGCAAUCGCUUGCAAGGUCUUUUACCAAUCGGGGUUGGAAUGCUGCAUCUAUGAACAUGAGGGGUUGUGGUGGAGUGGAAAUGGAAACUCCACGGGCAUAUAACGCCGCAUACACAGGGGACUUACGAAAUUUAGUACAUCGUAUAGCUGCAAGGCUCAGUAAGGAUGUCCCGCUCUUUUUGGUGGGGAAUUCUCUUGGCGCAGCCCUUCUGACCAAGUAUCUAGGUGAAGAAGGAUUGAGUGGAACACUUCCAGCAUGCGUCUCCGGUGCAGCGAGUCUUGGCAAUCCUCUCUCGAUUAAUUCAAAUUUGGUGGCCUUCCCCUUCAACGUAGUUAUGGGGUUGGGUGUCAAGAAAAUGGUGCUCGCUCAUUGGAAAAGCUUCAGGCAAAUGACGGACUCUGCAUUUCAGUCAGCCUUUCGAACUGCUCUCUUGAGCUCCACCAUUGCCAAAUUUGAUGCCGCUGUUGCGCCGUACCUACAGCGAAAUCAAGCCUUCUAUCCUUAUGCAGAUCGAAUAGGAUACAAAAGCGGUGAAUCCUAUUGGACGGACUCGUCAUCGUAUCGACUCGUUCGUCAUGUCUCAGUGCCAUAUCUGUUCCUUACAGCGAGAGACGAUUUCUUGGUAUCAGAACCAACCAGAAACAAGCUUGGAUACUUGGUUUCGAAUCCUAACGUGCUCGUUGUGGAGACAAGAUGUGGUGGCCACCUUGGCUGGCAGGAAAGUCCUCCAGAGACCGACUCCCCUUUUGGUUCCACCUCUUGGGCGGAUGCUGCAGCUUCUGAUUUCUUCGAUUCAAUCAUGCAGGUGAACAUGGAACGCAGUGGAUCACGGGUAGAUACGCAUGCGCCCAGUGAUGGGGUCGGCAUAUGGACUCCCUUUGAAACAGACGCUCACGCGGCAAAGAUGCUGAAGGAGGACGCAAUCGCAGAAUCCAAAAUGUUAAGAGCCAAGCUUUGA